AUGGCAGAUACUGUAUAUCGUCGUAGCGGACGGGGUGGCGCCGGCAACUUCUACUCGCAAAAGGAUAUCGAAGAGGCAACUGGGAGGAAAUCCGAGGAUCUCGAGGCGCAGAAAUCGCAACCGCUUGCCGAUGACGAACCGCUGACCGAUCCAGCCGAUGGCCCAGCGCAACCCGUUGCGGUCCCCAUCGUGGGCUCUACUACCAGCGGCGUACGGACCGGCAGGGGCGGCGCUGGAAACUUCGUCGAUGUCUCUUCAUCAUCUAUAGCCACAACCGCCGCUCCCACUACUAAAUCUACUACUCAUACUUCAAACCCCCAAGACCAGCCGCAUACCCAGUCUCCGCCGGCAUCACCGCGCCGCGGGGGUGCGCUCUCGGGCCGUGGGGGCGCAGGAAACUGGACGUCUGAGCAUGGAGAAUUCGAGCCGUACAACCAAGAACAGGAGCGUAAACGCCGCGAGGCUCUCGAUGCCCACAUCUUACAGGAUAUACGAGACUCGCUGCCGCAGCCGCCCAAGAUCCACUAUAUGCAUGGCCCGGGUCGGGGACGGAAGCCGGAUCUGCCUGUCUAG